AUGAAGGUUCCGGACUUUGCUAAACCCUCGUCUUCCAGUGUUCAAGACGAGUGUGCGGCCUUAUGUCGGGGGAACUGCUCCUGCAUAGCUUAUGCUUAUGAUAGUUACAUUGGUUGUAUGUUUUGGAGUGAUACCUUGAUUGACACUCAGGAGUUCGAUGGUGUUGGUGUUGACCUCUACCCACAAGGAGAGAAAGUUGUACAUCAUAAUUGGAGUUGCUGUGGGUUUGUUUGCAUAUCUGUUGUGAUGUUUAUUGCUUGGUGGUUUAUAGUGAAGAGGAAAGGGAGCAAAGCGCAAGAUUCAAGUAUUUUGGAAGCAGGACAGAUGUUCACGAUGGAUUCAACUGCAAUCGUGCUAAAAGAUGAAACAAAGGAAGUUAAUAUAGGUGAUUUGCCAAAGUUCACUUUCAAGAUGCUUGCUAAUGCAACAAACCAGUUCCAUGAAGAUAACCUUCUUGGAAGGGCUGUUUACAUGGGGAUUCUGGCAAAUGGGAAAGAAAUCGCUGUAAAGAGACUAUCAGCAGACUCCGGACAAGGAAUGCAAGAAUUCAUGAAUGAAGUGAUUCUGAUUUCCAAACUCCAACACAAGAAUCUUGUCAAACUGCUGGGAGGUUGUGUUGAGAAAGAAGAGAAGAUUCUGGUAUAUGAAUACAUGCCAAACAAAAGCUUGGAUGCUUGUCUCUUUGGUCAUACGAAUCCGACAAAGAAGUUGUUAGAUUGGAAUAUGCGUUACAACAUUAUCGAAGGCAUAAGUCGAGGCAUCCUGUAUCUUCACAGAGACUCAAGACUAAGGGUCAUUCACAGAGACCUGAAACCAAGUAAUGUCCUGCUAGACCAAGACUGGAAUCCCAAAAUCUCGGAUUUUGGCAUUGCAAGAAUAUUCAGAGACAAUGAAGACCAAUGCAAUACUGCAAGAGUCAUGGGAACAUACGGAUACAUGGCGCCAGAAUACGGAAUGGAAGGCAGAUUUUCUGAAAAAUCUGAUGUCUACAGCUUUGGAGUGCUGAUAUUGGAGAUUAUAAUAGGAAAAAAGAACACACACUAUUUCAAUGAUGAAUGGUCCUUGAGCCUAAUUGGAUGUGCUUGGAAAAUGUGGAGUGAGGGUAACGGUUUGAGUUUUGUGGAGGAAAGCAUCGCAAGUAAUGAGACAGAGGAAGAGAUGGUUCGAUGCAUUCAGAUAGGGCUGCUUUGUGUCCAAGAACAUCCCAAGGAUAGACCUUCCAUUGAAAUGGUGCUUUCGAUGUUGAAUCAUGAUAUCGUGGAGCUGGCAGCACCAAAGCAGCCAGUGCUUUCGGAAAAUGGAUCAACAGACCAGAAUGUUUACACAAGCUACGAGCUCACUAUUAGUGUGCUUGAUGGACGAUGAAUCUUUUUCCAACUCUCAUUAUAUUAUUCACUUUUGAUUGAUAUUCUAUUUUUUUUAUAGUGUUUUCACGUUCUAAAUCAAUAUUUGGUUGGUAUAUAUAGUUUUGGCGUCUCA